GCCAGCACGGCGCCGCUCUACCCUCCCGCGGCGCCUCUGUGGCUGGCGGCGGGCGCAGCCACGUGACGCUUUCAACUGGGCCGCGCGGAACUUGCGCCGGCGAGGAGCGAGGCCGCGGCGGGAGCGUGCGGGCGAUCAGAGCUCCCUCAUUCUUGUCUUGGGUCAAGCAGCCAUAGGAUGGACCAUCAGUUCUCGUGCAGGCACUGAAGUGACCGGUGAGCACCGGCGGAGCUGAGGUCCCGCACAGAUAGUGCUCCUGAUCAGGUUUUUUAUUAGCUCCCUCUAUUUCAAGAAAAUACCAACUGAAUCUGGAACGCCGGAGGAUCUUCAGGACUUGUCUUCCACAAGCCUUAUUUGGCCAAGACCAUUGUGCACUGCAGAUCCCCCAGAUGUUAACUACUGUCAGGACUGUUUACUGAGAAAAAGGUUGAGAGAGUCAUGGAGCUUGAAAGAAUCAUUCGAGACACACUGACAUGCUUCAUCCAGUCCCACAUCCCUGCUGCAGACCUCAGUGGGAUGGAUGAUGUUUUCUUCUCUUACAUCACGGGUGUCCUGGAAGAGCUGGGUUCACCAGAGUCCUCUGAGGAGACCUUUGACAUGGACACCUUUGUGGAAAUGAUGGAGGCGUAUAUCCCUGGCUUUGCAGAAAUCCACAGUGGGGAUAUUUGUGAAAUGAUGUUCUCUCUGUCAGAAAGGCUCAGUGAAGCUCGCAACAGAGAAAAACCUGGCCAAAAGGCAGUGGAAAGUGGGAGUGAAGGACCCUCUGAAGACCUGAAAAAGGGACAGGAACCUGGAGCUGGAGCCUGCAAUGGGGAGAGGCUGUGCACCCCAAGAGAUGGAGCCAGGGCCCAGGAAGGUGAUGACUUGAAGGAUGGGGUGGAGCUGCUACUGGAGAUGUUCCCUGCUUGUACCGUGAGCCAAGUGGAGAAGGCGCUUGCCAUGGCCUUGGGGAACUUGGAGGAGGCAGUACAGUUAAUUGUGGACAAGAAGGUGGAAAUUGGCCCAGCAGGUGUGAGUGUGAAGGAAUUGACACGGCCCCGGAGAGCACCCAACCACGAGGAACUAAAACAGGUCAUCCUACAGAAAUACAUGAUGGUGGAUAGUGCAGAUGAUCAGAAGACACAUCGACCAGCUCCACCCAAAGAGGCUCCCAAGAAGCUGAUCCGUUAUAUUGAUAACCAAGUUGUGAGUACAAAGGGAGAGAGAUACAAAGACAUCAAGAAGCCCGAGAGCGAGGAGAUGAAGAGAACCUACAUCAGCCUCAAACCAGCCAGGAAGUACAAGUUCCACUGACAGCCAGGUCCUCCUGCUUUUCAGUCUCCACCUUGCUGGCCAGGCAUGGCAGGAUGGACACGUGGCACUAGGAAUGAGGGGACUCCUCCACCUGUCACUAACUGGAACUAACCUGGAAACCAGGACGCUGCUUUCAGCUUCCUCAACUAACUCGACUGACAAGGAGGAGCCUUCUCUCCUGGUGUAGCUGUCCCUCUGCCCCCAGGGGCACACUGCAGUGGCUCUCUGAGCCUUCUCAGCUACUCCUUGCAUGGGACAUUUUUAGGUCCAAGAUGUGGCUUGUGCUUUUGCAGCAAGCUUUUUACAAGUCUGUGUGCACUGUUGCUUUAAAUUGAGUGCCAGUAUUAAUAAAGGUGAUGUGAGUUGGUGUGUA